ACGGUGAUUUUGGCCAGAAUUCGCUGACUUGAUCAAAUCUCGAGAAGUUCAGUUCAAUCCGUCUUUGGUAGCUCAACAUGUUCAGUUUCAAUGGCGAAUUUCGCCGCAAACCUGUCAUCAAUAUCCGUGGGGCAUCCAAGUCCGCUCACAAGGAUGAAUUGGUGGAGAACGCCCAAAAGGAACGCCAAAAGCGAGAGAAAUUCCGUGUGGAUACUCGGAGUGCGAAUGUGAUUCAAAGUGGGAUUCGUUCGUUUCUGACUCGUUGUUCCAUCUAUGAGCACUGGCGAGGCCAAUUCGACGAGUUUAAGGCGGCCCAAAAUUAUGCGCCAGCUUGGAUCCGCAUCAAUUUCUUUUUCAAGGUCCAAUCCGAUAAGGACCGAUUGAUCUGGUUGUGUCAAAGAUGCGUUCAGGACCGUCAGAAUAUUGUCAAAUCCGUGCUCGAGGCUGCGGACGAGCAGUCUCGCAAUCUGCGGAUCCAUCGUCUGUCCAAGUUGUGCCAACUUUGUCUCCAAUUAAUCAUCCACUCUUCCCCGGACGAGAAUGUGAAUCCUGCUCUUCGAGUCCUCGAGAUAUUCACCUCGUGCUCCACAUUUGAGAGCGAUGGAUCUCCCAACUCCACUUCACCCAUUCCGAACGGGAUUGUUGCCCAGAUUUUCCGGUUCUUGAUUCAUCGUCGUUAUUUCGAGUGUCUCCGAGCCUUGUGCGAUUCUCGCAUCCCGCCCCUCAUUGAAGUCACGCCCAAACCUCCCACGCCCAUGGCCGAGAUCAUCCUGGAUUUGAUCUCUCGACCGUUGAAGCUCUUGAGCCAAACCGAUCAAAACUUCCGAUCCGAAAUGGUCCGACGUUUAGGCAGUGCCUUCUUUCAGACGGAAUUCUCGGAGCAAGUUCGGAACUUCAUCCUUCCCGCUCUGAGUGAAACGAAAUUCCCAUACUUGGACUGGAUUUCAGCCUUGAAUCGGGAGGAGAACCUGGCCAAUCCUUGGCUCCUUUUCUCAUUCUUGUCCUUGGGUCGCCUUAAUUUGGAAGUGUUUUCUCCAAUGGAAGUCAUCCAAUAUCUGAACGUGUUAAGCAAAUUGAGCGUCUCCAUCUCCAAGGGGUCCAAGUACGCUAAGAUUCAAAUCGACGACGAUCCUGAAGAGUCCGACGACGACAACGACGAUGAUCCGAAUGGGGAUGGAUCGACUAUCUCGCCGGAGGAACGGGAAUGCUUGCAAGGAAGUUUGAACUUGCUGAAUAGCACCGAGGUCGUAUCCAACUUGAUUGCCGCCACGGAACUUUGUGCCAAAGAGCCUUUGGCCUUGAAGCUACUCUGUCGGAUCUGCCAUAAUCUCCUCUUGGCGGACAAGGCCGCCAUCCACAAGUUCCGAUUGUUGAACACGCUCGCCUUCAGAUCGGCAUUGAUUCAUCGCCUCUGGAAUCUGAUUCUAGACGCCAAACAACCUUCGGCCAUCGGCAAACCAGUUCCUCUAUUAACCGUCAUUUCUCGGGGUAUUCGAAUGAGCAAGACCGAACGGAACACAAUCGCUCCUUUGAUGGCCGUGUUUUCGGCUCUCUUCGGAUACCUUCUAGUCACGAUCAACGACACCGAGUUCUACGGCGACAUGGCCAACGGGGGCCCGUUAAGGACCCAACAGAGCGUGUGGAUGCCGUUCAACUUGGAGGAGCUGGUCCCCAUGUCAUUAUCCUUGCGAGAUGUCACCCUCGGAUUGGUCGAACUGGCUUUCCCCGAAUCAAGACCCACCAUUCGAGAAGAGUAUCAAUUUGCAGUUAGAUCGGUUCGGGACAACCAAGAUGAGCACGUGACCAAAAGUGACGCACUUUUGAAUGAGGACGAGGAGACCCAGAUCUGGUCGCACAUGUUCAAGAAGACAGUUCUCCUGGUUCGACAGCUCUACACGAGGGACACUCGGCGACAAUUCUGCCCUGACGACCACUGGAUUUGUAACCAUAUCACCCUCCCCUUGGACCGACCUCAUGACAUUUCUCUGCGAAGAUCUCGACUUCGCCAGUAUCGUCCCUUCCAAGGACUCCGGGUCUUUACCCGCGAGGAAUUGGAGGAGGAGGGCCCUCCGUUGUCCACCAAGGAAGUUCGAUUGGCCACGAUUCUUCGAGAAAUGCCGUAUGCGGUCUCGUUUCCUCAACGAAUAUUGGUCUUUUCCAAUUUGGUUUCUCGUGACAAACAGGAGCAUCAGGGCGAGCGUGUCAAUUUCAUGAGUGGUCCCGCUAUCAACAUCCUCGUUCGGCGAAACUAUCUCUACGAAGAUGCCUUCGAUAAGCUCUCCCCGGAAAACGAGCCCAAUUUGCGGUUAAAAAUGCGGAUCAACCUGAUGAAUGCGGCAGGCUUGAACGAAGCCGGAAUUGACGGCGGAGGCUUAUUUCGGGAGUUCAUGACAGAGCUUCUCAAAACCGCCUUUGACCCGAAUCGAGGCUUCUUUCGCCUCACGAAAGACCAACUACUCUAUCCUAAUCCAACCGUGGAACAAAUCGAGCCGGAUUUUACUCCCCACUACUAUUUUAUCGGAAGGGCGUUGGGCAAGGCGUUGUACGAGAACCAUCUCGUAGAACUACCCUUGGCCAGUUUCUUCCUCUCCAAGCUCUUGGGGCAACAUUCGGUCAACGUGGACAUCGAUCAUUUGUCCUCCUUGGAUCCAGAGCUCUACAAGAAUCUCCUGUACUUAAAGACUUAUGAAGGCGAUGUUUUAGACCUGGGUUUGGAUUUCACAAUGGUCUCCGAGGAAGUGGGCAAAACCUCUGUCCACGAAUUGAGACCAGGUGGAGCGGACACGCCCGUCAACAACGAGAAUCGCAUCGAGUACAUCCAUUUGGUGGCUGACUACAAACUCAACCGACAAAUCCGAGCUCAAUGCAACGCUUUCAGACAAGGGUUAAGCGAUGUGAUUAACCUAGAUUGGUUGAGAAUGUUCAGUUAUCGUGAACUGCAGACCCUGAUCUCAGGCGCCGAGCACGAGAUCAAUGUGGACGAUUUGGCGCGAUGUACCAAAUACGGUAACGGUUUCGACGAAGAUCAUCCCACAAUUCAGAUAUUUUGGAGAGUGGUCAAGGGCCUCACUGAACCGCAAAAGAGAUGCUUGCUCAAAUUCGUUACCAGUUGCUCGAGACCACCUUUACUCGGAUUCAAGGAAUUGGAGCCUCCGUUUGCCAUACAAAAUGUGGGACACGAGUCCGAACGACUUCCUACCGCAAGCACGUGCAUGAAUCUCCUGAAGCUGCCCGAGUUUAAAGACGAAGAGACAUUACGGACCAAAUUGUUGUACGCCAUCGAAUCGGGGGCUGGUUUUGAACUCAGUUAAUUAUUCUAGUAACAUCCGUUUGCCGGCCAAUGAACGUUGAUCACUGUAUUUUGACAUCAACAAUUAAUCUGUGAUAGUAUUCGAAUAAACUUAUGAUAAUGAAGAUCA